AUGGCCGAUACUUCUUCGAUCAAGCCAACUGCUACGGCUCCUCCUGUUGAUACUUCCAAGUGGCCUCUUCUCUUGAAGAACUACGAUCAACUCAAUGUCCGUACUGGUCACUACACUCCCAUUCCCAGUGGUUGCUCACCUUUGAAGCGUCCUCUUAACGACUAUGUUCGUUAUGGUGUUAUCAACCUCGACAAGCCUGCCAACCCCUCUUCCCAUGAAGUCGUUGCUUGGAUUCGUCGUAUUUUGCGUGUUGAGAAGACUGGUCACAGUGGUACUCUUGAUCCCAAGGUUACUGGUUGUUUGAUCGUCUGCAUUGAUCGUGCCACUCGUCUUGUCAAGUCCCAACAAGGUGCUGGUAAGGAGUACGUGUGUGUGCUUCGCUUGCACGAUGCUAUUGAAGGCGAGAAGAAGUUGCUUCAGUCGAUUGAGACUUUGACUGGUGCUUUGUUCCAACGUCCUCCUCUUAUCUCUGCUGUCAAGCGUCAAUUGCGUGUGCGUACUAUCCACGAAAGCAAGUUGAUUGAAUACGACAAUGAUCGUCACCUUGGUGUCUUUUGGGUGAGCUGUGAAGCUGGUACAUACAUGCGUACACUUUGUGUGCACUUGGGUCUAUUGCUCGGUGUUGGUGGUCACAUGCAAGAACUUCGUCGUGUGCGUUCCGGUGCCAUGUCCGAGAAUGAUGAUAUUAUGACCAUGCACGAUGUCCUUGAUGCUCAAUGGAUGUACGAUAACAACCGUGACGAGUCCUACUUGCGUCGUGUUGUUCGUCCUUUGGAGACUCUUCUUACUGGCUAUAAGCGUGUUGUCGUCAAGGAUAGCGCUGUCAAUGCCAUUUGCUAUGGUGCCAAGCUCAUGAUUCCUGGUCUCUUACGUUUUGAAAGUGGUAUCGAGAUCAACGACGAGAUCGUUUUGAUGACCACUAAGGGUGAAGCUAUUGCUUUGGCUUAUGCACAAAUGACCACUGCCGUUAUGGCUACUUGCGACCAUGGUGUCGUUGCCAAGAUCAAGCGUGUCAUUAUGGAGCGUGAUACUUAUCCCCGCAAGUGGGGUUUGGGCCCUGUCGCUUUGGCUAAGAAGAAGCUCAAGGCUGAAGGCAAAUUGGACAAGUAUGGUCGUGUUACCGAAGAGACUCCUGCCGUUUGGAAGAGUGCAUACGUCGAUUAUCAAAACAACCCCGAGAACAAGUCCCUUGAGCCUGUUUUCAACAAGCCCACUGAAUCCGUUGUCGCUGCAGCUGGUAUUGCACCCAAGAUCACCCCUGUCGAUGUCGCUGCUGUUGAUGCUCAAGCACCUGCUGGUACCAAGCGUGCUGCAGAUGAAGAGGCUACUUCAAGCGAAACCAAAAAGUCCAAGAAGGAGAAGAAGGAAAAAAAGGAAAAGAAGAAAAAGAGCAAGGAUUAG